GAGCUCCUUAGUUACUUAGAAGUCUUCUAGACCAAUUAAGCAGAUUUUAAAUCAACUUCUGCGGAAAACCUGCUUGAGAAACUUUGUUAUCAUGACUUCAAUCAGAGACAUGGCUAAAAGUGCAAUCAUUUUAUGGGCAGUCUGCUUCUUUGCCAACUCCAAUGGGAAAGCUGUGGUGAAGAGGUCAGUGAGCGAAAUGCAAAUGAUGCAUAAUUUGGGGGAACACCUGCAUUCGGCAAACAGGCAAAACUGGCUCCUUGAGAAACUGCAGACCGUGCACCAUGACCCCCAGGCCAAUGAAGCAGCAGGAGCAGUGGAUGUUAAGGCCCGUGAGGUCCGAAGCUGGAGAUUGCUCCCUGAUGACCUGCAGGCAAAGCUGCAAAAGAAAGCAGUGGCUUCUAACAAAAAUUAUAGAGAUGCCACCUUCAAAACAAGACUCCAGUGAGAGGGUCCAUAGUGUUGUCUUUCCAGCUAAGUGCAUACAGUAGUGAGCAAUUAGGGCAUUUUGUUAUUUAUUGUUUAUAAAAUGAUGUUUAAGGGCAUGUUUGCAUGAUGCUACUUCUUGGGGAUUAGGUGUGCUUCUGCUGUACAUCUCAUUUCUCCUAAUGUACAUGUAAGUGGGGGUUCACACACUACUACUUCAGUUCUUCAUAUGGCUUACCAGGUGAAUUGCAAGGCCGGUGCAAAUUGAGCAGUCUACAUUACUAUCUUCCAUUAUUGGGGUAGGUGGCAUGAGAGGGUCCCUUACCUCUCCAAGGAUAUCCCCUACACUUCUUGAGUGCUCUACUACUGAGCCUGACACAUUGGUCUGCUGCUGUAAGGACAUGUCCAAAUGAAUGAAGAGCAUGUAUUGCCCAAGCCACUCAUUUGGAUCUCCAGAUGGAGGCAACACAGACAAGCCAGUUGGAUCCAUUAAUCCUCUGGCAGGGUAAGCUGGUGCCGGGACCCACCCGUUGCCAUCUUCUACCCUGCUUGUUGAAAUAAUGCAGUUUGUUGCCUUCUCCUGGCGGUUAGGAAAGGGAGUAGUGGCAUGGAGAAGUCCAGGCAUCAAUUUGGGAUGUUACAGUCCCUGUCUUAGUUUCUGGGAGAUGGUAGCCUCCUGUAUCCAGGCAGGCAGUAGCUGUGGAGAUCUGGUUUCACUCCCAUCUCUCAUGGAGACAGUAAUGUGAAUCAGCACAGUGUUUGCGUCUGUGUGUGUGUGUGUGUGUGGAAGAUGGCACAAAAACAUUGAUUUGGAAUUGUCCCCAUUCUUAAUACACAGUCACUGGUAAAGUUUGAAUAGCUUAAGAAAUUGACAAUGGUUUUUAUCCAGAAACGAGUAGUCGUCCUGCAAAGGUACCAUACAUUUCAGUAAGUCUCCAAAUGUGCUAAACUAAGGGCUCGUCCCACCACUUUCCCAUGGGACAAACAGCUGUUUGCCGCUGAAUCAGAACAAACGUCCAUUGGUUUUUCUGUGGAUUGGCGUUCUGAUUCAGUGGUAAACAAUGGGUUUUCCCAGAGAAAGCAACGGAGACAAGCAAAAGCAGCAGAGACCUGAUUGGCUUUUGGAUUGGCACCAAUGCAAACUGACGAAGGGCUUUUGGGGAGACAUGGGAGAUUCAGCAAACUCAGAUUGUAAGAUAAAUGUGCACAGCAGAACCAAAUCAGAAGGGACAUGUGUUCUGAUACCUGUAGAGUAUGCUAGCUUGUAAAAUAUUUAAGCUCAUAGGCUCAAGUUAAGUUAUCAGCACUUUAUUUCAUAAAGCCAUAUGGAAAGAAGCAGCACGCUCAUGGAGCAGACUAAAUCUAGUUGAACUGUCAUUCCCUCUUCCUGGGGAACUCUGAGAGCAGUAGUUCUGGUGGAGAGUCUAGAGCUCUCUUGUAGAAACUUCUCUCGGUGCCACACCAAACUACAGUUCCCAGGAUUCUUUAAGUCAAACCAUGGCAGUUAAGCUGGCAUAAAACAGAUAUUAGUAUAGAUAGGACUUGAGACUUGGACGCACCACAUGAGUAUAUGGAGCGCAGUAUGAGGAUGUGAUGUGCUGCCACAUUCAUUGCAAGUCCCGUGCACCUUUCCUUCCGCAUGUACAAAGGCUUCUCCAACACCAGGGUGGAUGUUUGUAGCCCUUGCUUAUGCAGAGCCCAAAAUGUGCUUCUGAGCACCUUACCUGCAAGUAAGUGUGCUUUGAAUCAGAGCCUGGCACCCAGAUCUGAAACGUAUUUCCCUGGGAACCCCAUUCAAGUCAAAGGAAGUACAUCUACAUAAAUUUGUGAGGCUGCAAUCCUACGAAUUCUUGCUUAGUGGAGACUUGCUCUGAGUAAAAAUGCACACAAUCCUACGCUGUAAGGGGAAAACAUCAGGGACACAUCAUGGGGCUGCCCAAAUUGAUUCAGGACUGGAGAUGCAGAUGGUGCAAGAUUUGAGACGGAGGCCAUUAUCUUGCAGAUUCUCGGCAGUCACAAACUUCCAGUUGAAUAUGUUAGUUUCUUUUUCACGUGAGACCUAAGGAAGAUCAGACACUGCUACUCUGCACUGGCCUAAUCCAGUAUGGUUGCUUUUAUGUCUGUCUCACCUGUUUGUACGUGUGGCACCUCAUGCAUUUUGCAAGAGUUGGUGAAUAAAUAAUAAAUGUCAAAACACAUCUGCCAUUUUUAGACUAGAAGUGUAUUUGCAAAUAGCGAGCUGACAUUCAUUAUAUCUAGACAGCAAGGAAAAUUCUGGCCCCCUUUAAAUCAGUGGCAAAGCUACAAAUCAGGGUCAGAAUAUUAUCUUGGACCCCUACUAAAGACAUGUUUCUGCAAACAGACAAUACAUUACUACAGACCCUUGAACCUGCAGAGAACUGCAUUCAAAUGGCAUUCCAUGUGGGAGCAAGGUUCUGACAUGAGAUAGGGUAUGUUUGUGGGACUAAGACCUUAAUAUGCACUUUCUAUUUAUUAUUUUGCUGUAUGUUCAUGUCUAACUUACACAAAUGUAUCUUUAGUCCUUUAUAUCUGUAUCUUGCUAAUGAAUUGUCAAAUAAAAUGGACCAAAAGCUCUUGGACAGUA